AUGAAAGACAAAACUGAUAAUAGAACACAGCAAGAAUACCAACAAAACCAACAAAUUGUGCAACCUCUGCCUCUGCAAAUAAACCAAAUUGCACAACCACAACCACAACCAAUAUACUCAUAUGUCGAGCAACCGCAGCCGGCAUAUAUUAUACCUCCAUAUAACAUGCAACCUACCUAUGUCGUAGAACAACAAUUACAGCCAACAGAAUAUAUGAUAAUUGGCUAA